CGUUAAGGUACAACUCUGGUUAAGGUUAAGCAUCAAAAUCCGGCUUCAUUUAGUAUCAAUCGAGAGGUUGAUAAACUUAAAACGAUAGGUUAGAAAAAGAAAAACGGUGGAGUGGUAUAAACGGAUGACGAAUGUUAUCUUUCGAAUCGUUCAUUAAAGCCGAAUAAAAAUUGAGGAAAGAAAAGCCGAAGUGACCAUUAUUGCCAACUAUGUAAUUUCAAAUAUUUUCCGUCACAGAAACUUCAAUUAUAUAUUUUAGCUGAUUUUAAAUUUAUUUUAAAGAAACGUUUUUAUAUAUCUAUUCAACACAAUAAAAAUAUUGUAUUUUAAAUAAUUAUUGAGUAGGCUGGCAACAACGUGUCAAGCAGAAAUUUAUAAAUCAAUUUUUUGUGUAUGCAAUUAGUGUGUUUUACGCUUAACAAAAGCUUACUUGUAAAUACAGUGUACAUAUAAAUAUGAGCACACAAAAUCGAAAUAGCGGCGGUGGUCGCAACCAAAAGAAAUCAAAUUCUGGUAGUGGAGGCGGCGGAGGUGGUGAUUCUGCCUUACAGACAUCAGCUAAGAAAACAGAUGUCUCAAAGACAGAAAAGGAAAAGUCGCAUCCAAAGCCAACUGCUGAACAAUUACGCAUUGCCCAAAUCACCAAUAGUAACACAUCAGAAGAUCCGCAAAUGCGCGAAAAAGUUGCCACACUUAUUGAGAUGACUCAACGUUCCGAAGAGGAAGUAUGUUGCGCUUUAUAUGAAUGCGAUAACGAUUUGGAGCUUGCUGUUGUAUAUCUUUUGGAGACCCUUCCAGUGGGAGCAUUUGAAACAUCUUCAAAGAAGAAAAAGAACAAAGCUGCAAGUUCCGGGCAAGAAAAUGCUGGAGGUGAUGGAGAAUGGACUGACACCAAUGCAAACACCGACAGACGUGAAAAAUCACGUAAUCGGAGUAGUAAUCGUGGCGGACGCGGUGGUACCGAUAGCCGGGGUUGGCGCGGCAGAGAGGCCCGUGAGAACGAACGUAAUUUACGUGAUUCACGUGGCGGCGAUGAUCGCAAUGACAACUACCGGCGUAGAGAAGGUGGGGGAGGUGGAGGUGGUGUUAGGAGUGGUGGUGGCCGUGGCGGUGGGUAUGCCGGUCGUGGAGGUCGUGGUGGCGGUCGAUUUGGUGCUGGUGGCCGAGGCACUGGUGGUCGCGGUGAACGUGGCUUUAAUUCUCGUUCUGGCACUAAUGAAGAUCACCAUGAGGUGGAGUUAUGGGACAACACCAUUGCUCAAAAUGCUGAGAAGCAACAGCAGCAAAUGCAAGAUGAUGCUUGGGGUGACUGGGAUAAUGAAGAAUACGUAGGUUCGCUUAAAGACAGUAAAGUAUUUACCACAAGCAAUUUGCCAAAUCAGACGGCAGCAAGUGUGGUAAGUGGUGGUGUUAGUAGUAUCAGUGGCGUUGUAAGUGGCGGUACAAGUGAGAUAUCGGCACCACCAGGAUUGGAACAUCACUUGGGCAAUUCAGGAUUGGUAGGCACUUCAACCUCCCCGCAGCAGCAGCAGCAGCAAGGAUCUCAUCUGAAUGCGCUUGUCAGCAAUUCAGUUGGUAUUGCAGGCGCAAGUCCGUCUGGGGGUAAUACCAACAUAAAUGACGAAAGCUCAACUGUCAGUUCAGUUGUGCAGUCUGCGUCGGCGUCUACAACUCCCAUGAUGCAGUAUAGUGCAGCAGUUACCAACACACAACUAUCCCAAUCUCAGACACUGACUCAGCAGCAACAACAACAGCCAGUGCUAGCCGGUUCAAGCAACUUGGCUGCAACGGCUCUUAGUAAUACUCCGUAUGGCAGUGCAGCGGAUACAUUCUCUAAUGCUGCUACAGCAGCUGCAAAUUUGGUGCAACAAGUACAGCAGCAGCAACAGCAACAACAACAGCCUCAAGGGCAAAUUAAAGCUUCGGCAACACUUUCCGUAGAGCAAUCUCAGUAUUUCAAUUCAUUGACGUCGCAGAACGCUGCAGCCGCAGCUGCAACAACAUUGCAACAACAACAACAGUUACCAUCGACGUAUGCACAAAAUGCGGCUGCCGUGCAAUAUCCAACAUCAUACGCAAACGUAUUUGGGUCAGCUGCAGUUGCCACGGCAACAGCCACAAGUGGUCUGGGCGUAGCUAGUGCUGAUCAAACGCAACUCUCAGGUGGCGUACAACAGCCUCAAGUGCGUAGAGCGCGUGCCAAACUACCACCGCCUUCGAAAAUACCAUCGACCGCUGUUGAGAUGCCAGGAGACACGUUGAACAAUAUCGGCUACCUGGAUGUGCAAUUUGGAGGCCUUGACUUCGGUACAGAAGAUACUUUCGACGCUUUGCCAGAGAAGUUUGGUGCUGCUGUGACGAUUGAAGGUCAACAGCAGCAGCAACAAACACAAUCGCAACAGCAAUUGGUACAAUCGCCACAGGAUGUGUCAACUGAUUAUCAAAACAAGAACAAUGUGCAACAACAACAAGCAUCAUUGUCGGCAGGGUUACAGAGUACACAACUGGGUGACGCAUUAUCAACUGGCUACUCACAACGUGGUACAGCAGCUGUGCAGCAACAGCAACAGCAGGUUGUUAGCGGUGGAAAUGGAGUUGGUGUAAGUGUUGGUGGUGGUAGCUCCUCUGUUGGUGGCACUUCCAAUCACACAUUGGAUUUGAGUAAAAGCGAUCCAUACGGUCAUUCACAGAGUGCUACUAACUCAACUGGCUAUCCAACGAGCGCUUACCAAACUAGUGUGUCUGUAGCAAACAAGACUGCUAAUGCUUAUCAGCCAUCCGCUGCCGGGCAAGUUUACAACAGCAGUAGUUACGCAAAUGUGCAGUCCUCCGCGGCAAAUACAUACCAACCGCAAUCGUACGGUUCGUAUCAGCAGACUUCGUUGAAUUCCUAUCAGCAGCAGCAGGCGGCAGUGAACGCGCAGUCGGGAUCGAAUUCUGUAGCGGGAGGCGGUGUAAACGUUGGAAACAGUGGAAGUGCGGCACAAAACAUUCCUGCAGUUGGUGGCAACGGCGGCAAUAGUAAUGCAAACAAUACAAAUACUGGAUAUUUGUCAACCGGCUACCCAACACAACAAAGCGCGUACCAGUCCAGCCAAAGUGUAUACGGUGGAACUGGUCUCUCAAAUAGUUCAGGGUUCACCGGUAGCACAAAUACUUCGUCCUCUCAAUACACUAACUUUAGUACAAGUGCGAAAUUGAAGGAUGCGGCAACAGCGUCUAGUGGUUCGCAUUACGAAAGUGUCUCAUCUAGCAAUGUUGGCAGCAGUAGUGCAUCAACUGGGAACUCGACAGUGUCUGCUAAUUCGUCGACCAAUCCGGCUUCGUCGGUUAACUCCAACAAUUCGAAUGUGAACAGCAACAGCUCGAGCGUGGCGGCAAGUAAUAGUGUAAGCAGUGCUAGCAGCAGUAAUGUGAAUACGAAUAGCAGCAGCACUGUUAGUGGCGGUGGCAGCAGUGGUGGUAGUGGUGGUGCUGGGGGCAGUGGUGCCGGUGGCAGUAGCAGCAGCAGCAACCCUGCAUCUGUAGUGGCCGCAGCAGCUGCGGCUGUUUCAUCGUCUUCAAAUAAGACAAUCGCUAGCGGAAUGGUGCCCAACAUCCAAAUGGUUAGUCAAUAUAUUCAGACUGGAUUGCCAUUCUAUCAGCAACCAGUUUAUUCUUACGAGGAUAUGCAAAUGAUGCAACAGAGAGUGCCACACGUGCAAGGUUAUUACGAUCUCAACUACACUCCGACUAGUUUGGGCACCGGCCGAGAUAAUUUGGGUUCUGUAGCAUAUUCUACGAUGACUGAUGCACGUUUUACAAGAACGGACAAUAAUUCUAGCCCAGUUAGCAAUGUUUCAAGUACAAUGUCACAGCAAGCAGGCUCGGGCGGCCCCAUGCUAAAUGUUCCUUUCUACUACUAUGGUGGAAGUGUUAUGCCUGGCAGUUUUCAGUAUGGCACACCGGCAAUUUAUCCGCAGCAAAUUCCUGCUGCUAAUACAGCGUCGGGUGGUCAAUUCGCAAAGCCUUCUUACAGUACUGGUUACGGUUCGACCAGCUACGAUGCGUUGUCGCAAGCUUCACAAGAUUACACAAAGGGCGCUUAUCCGUCGAGCGUAAAUCAGCAAACAAAAUCACAAAAUGUAGCGAAUCCGCCCCAAACCGGAACAAGCUCGGACAUAACAUCGUCCAUGUAUAGUAAGACACACGUUGCGCUGAACAAAGUCAAUUCGUAUGAAAAACAAAAUUUCCAUUCGGGCACUCCGCCACCAUUCAAUAUGCCGAAUACGCAGACAGCUGGUGGAACCUCAGCUCAACCCUACGGCAUGUAUUUGCCGAUGCCGACAGCAGGUCAUCACAAUAUGAUUCAUCAACCAAUCCAUCAGAUGGACGGCAGGAUUCAUAAUUCAUCCCGCCGGGAUUCGAAUAGCACGGGCCAACGGCAGCAAACAAGUAGCCAAUCGAAAUCGGCUGCUAAACAAGGCUACUCGCCCUCUUAUUGGACCGGGCAAAAUUGAACGUAAAGAGGAACACGCAAAUAAACUCACGCAUUAACGUAUAUAUAUGUAUAUAUUAAUAUAUAUAUGUAUAUGAUUGUAGUAUAUGCAAUUCGAUUCCGAUAAAUUAACACCAUCAUCCAAUCAGCUCUUAAAAUCGGUUCCAGAUGCCAUGCUACCGCGUGUACACAACCACAUAUAAUACACAUUAAUUUUUCAUAUUGUCUGUCUGCCUAUCCUAUUAUUUUUUACACAUAUGUAUUUAUGCUUAUGUACAAGUAUGUUAGUAUAAAUAGAAGAUAUACGCAAAAUAUCGAGAAAUCAAAUUUUGUAUGUUCCACUCCUUCGUUCUUGCGAAGUUCCCAUUUUAAGAUCGAUCCACUUAUUCAAAAUGUGUUUUACUAAGAUACAAAAACAAAAACGUCUACCUAAAAACCAUUACCCUACAAACCCCCACAUUCAUACUCGUACAUCCGCUAUUCACUCUCAUACACACAAAUAAAUUAUAAAACUGAAGCAAAAAUAAAAAUAAAUAAAUGUAGAAUGCUAUCACGGAGCAAGAGAGUGUUUAAAAAGUAAUGAACAGUAGUGGAGAAGAGAUCACAUCUACACACACACACACACACACGGCACAGUUGAAAGGAAAUAAUAACAAAAAAUUAAAAUUUAAAUAUUGUAAUCGGUUUAAACUAUAUGUAUAAUUAUAAUAACCUUAAUAUUUAAAUUAAAUACAAAAUACGAUUAAAUCCAAAAUAAAAACAGCAAACGCAUAGUUCAUACGCAUGCGCGAUGAAGUCGAAAUUUAAA